GGCCGGCAUGGAGCUUGUGGAGGCGCGUCCAGGACCGGUGUGCGGUGGCACGGCCGCGGUGGCAGCCCUAAUUCCCUCCAGCUGCCGCUCUGAGUCCCGGAUCCUUGGCUCCUAGACGCCUUGCUGUGCGCGUGUCACUCCCUCUAUGGAUUCACUGCCGACUGGACAGAUGCUGAGCUUGCCCUCCGAGCUUGGCAGCAACAACUUAGAGCUGGCGCAGCCGUCGGCAUCAGUGACCCGUGUAGAUACGGGCCCCCAUCCGGAGGUGAAAGGCCCCGAACUUCUACCGACUCGAGAGCCGGAGCGAGAGCAGCCUCCUACAGCCUCGACGCCGGAGUGCAAAGUCCUGCUCAGGCAGGCCGACGCCCUGGCGUCUGGGGGACGCCUCCGGGAAGCUCUCGAGGUGUACAGACAGCUGUCGGAACGUCAGCAGCUGGUGGCCCAACAACUGGAGCAGCUGGUGCGCUGCUUGGCGGAGAACGUCCCGCAAGGAGAGGCGUUGGCUCCGGUGCCCGAGAACCGGAGCAGCGCGGCAAAGCUGGUGGUGUCGGACGAGGCAGCGGCGGCAACGGCUGCUGAAGCCUCCGAGGUGUGGGACGGCUUCAAGUGCCGAAAGUGCCAUGGAUUUCUAUCAGACCCCGUGUCCUUGUCAUGCGGCCACACCUUUUGUAAACUGUGCCUGGAACGCGGGCGGGCAGCCGACCGGCGCUGUGCGUUGUGCGGCGUCAAGCUCUCCGCGUUGAUGGUGGCCACAGGGCGGGCGCGCGGAGCCCGGAGGGCUGCUCAGCAGGCGCCGCCGCCGCUGCGGGUCAACGUGGUGCUCAGCGGUCUCCUAGGCAAGUUGUUCCCUGGUCCAGCACGGGCGUCGCAACUCCGGCACGAGGGCAACCGACUGUACCGAGAGCGCCAGGUGGAAGCAGCGCUGCUCAAGUACAACGAGGCAGUCAGACUAGCUCCGAAUGACCACUUGCUUUAUAGCAACCGGUCUCAAAUUUAUUUCACCUUGGAGUCUCAUGAGGACGCACUGCAUGAUGCAGAAAUAGCAUGUAAGCUCCGCCCAAUGGGUUUUAAGGCACACUUCAGAAAAGCGCAAGCCUUAGCCACCCUAGGCAAGGUGGAAGAAGCACUAAGAGAAUUUCUAUACUGUGUGUCCCUGGAUGGAAAGAACAAAAGAGCAAGAUCUGAAGCCCAAAGGCUUCUCCUUAGUUUCUUUUCACCAUCAGUCCCGGGGGAUUCUCAGGAACACUCUCCCGAUAUCCUGAAGCUGUUGGCACCUCACCCUAGAUUAAAGGAACACGUAGAGUCAAUGGCUACUGAAGGCACCAGCCAUAAUCUACCAAAGUUGUCACAGGAAAAUACAGAGCUCCCACAUUGUUCCAGUCAGGAAGAUGCAGUAGCCAGUGGAGACUGUAAGAGCCUGAUGAACCCAAUGAAAGUAAAGGAGGAUGGGCAACAAGGUGGUGACAUGAAAGACCAGGAAGGAGAAGAGGAGAACAGGGACUCUGCCUCUCUAGAAGCUGCCUCCAUCAAGACUGGCAAAUGCCAGGAAAAGAAAAGGAAACACUGUCAGAUUGAACCCCAAGACACAGGGGUGCCUAAUAAGGCCUCUAAGCCAGAUCCUCCCACUGAUAUGGGGGCCAAACCUGCUCUCAGUGUUCCCCUAGCAUCUUUUGAUGCAUCUGACCUUGAAUGCUCCCUAUGUAUGAGAUUAUUCUAUGAACCAGUCACAACACCUUGUGGGCACACAUUUUGCUUAAAAUGCCUUGAAAGAUGCCUAGAUCACAAUGCCAAGUGUCCACUGUGCAAAGAUGGUCUUUCACAGUGCUUGGCAUCAAGAAAAUACAGCAAAAAUAUCAUAAUGGAAGAGCUAAUAGCUAAAUUUCUUCCAGAAGAACUCAAGGAACGAAGGAGGCUUUAUGAAGAGGAAAUGGAAGAACUUUCUAACUUAAAUAAGAACGUGCCUAUUUUUGUGUGUACUAUGGCCUAUCCCACUGUUCCUUGUCCCCUGCACAUCUUUGAGCCUUGUUACCGUCUGAUGAUUCGUAGAUGCAUUGAGACAGGCACAAGACAGUUCGGCAUGUGCCUUGGAGAUCCCAUCAAAGGGUUUGCAGAAUAUGGCUGCAUCCUAGAGAUCAGAAAUGUUCAAUUCUUUGCUGAUGGCCGUUCAGUGGUCGACAGCAUAGGCAAGAGGCGCUUCAAGGUCCUCCAUCAGGGCCAGAGGGAUGGCUACAACACAGCCGACAUUGAAUACAUUGAAGACCAAAAGGUUCAAGGAGAGGAUUGUGCUGAGCUCAUGGGAUUACAUAACUGUGUCUAUGAGCAAGCAUCAUCUUGGUUUCAUUCGCUCAAAUCAUCUCUGAAGAAUCGGAUACUCAAUCAUUUUGGUCCAAUGCCGGAGAAAGAUGCAGAUCCCCAGAUUAAUCCAAAUGGUCCAGCCUGGUGCUGGUGGACAUUAGCAGUUCUUCCAUUGGAAAGCCGAGCUCAGCUGCCAUUCCUAGCAAUGAGAUCCUUAAAGGAUAGAUUGAAUGGCAUUCGGCGUAUCCUGGCCUUUAUAUCUCGAAACCAAAACUAGUCAGAGUGGAUUGCUGACGAGAAAGUUCUACCCUCCCCACUGCCUAAGGGAGUUGUCUUGUAAAUACAUCUAAUUGCAAUAACAUCCUAACAGAAGGAAGUAUCAAACAAAGGCAUUACCCUGCUGUUGAUUACAGAGAGAAAUUGAGAGAAAGACAAAGAAUGUGACCUGUUAGAAACUUUUUGUCUUAAGAUACUUCUUGACAUGCUGCACAACUACACACACAGCAGGGGUGUUCAAGAGCCCAGAAAAAAUAUUGCUUUUAACAUAAAAUUUUCUAAAAGUUUAAAGUGGUUUUGCUUUAAUUUUCUUUCCUUCAUUGGCGAAUGACUGUGUGAUUGAAAUGUGAAGCAGAAAUACUAAUAAUGUUGCUACAUUAUUUCAUUGGCUUGUGGUCCUAUUCCAAAUGGUUUAGUUUGAUAAAGCAUUGUAUAAAAUAAUAUUUAUACUUCUUUUUGUUUUACUAAUUUAUUUUUGCACUACUGUAUCCUUUUUUCUACAUGUAUGUUUGUAACUAUUUAAGUGUACAUUACUGAAGUCGGUUGCUUUAUUUAUUGAUGUAGUUUGCCAUGUAACUAGGGGGAAGUAACAAAACUACAAAUGUGCCAUUCUUUUAUCAUGUUCCUUCUUGUAUGUAUCAAAACUCAUACCAAACAAUGAGUUCUGGGUUGCAAAAGAGGGUUUAUAUCCACACCUAUAUGUAGUCUUUGCCCACAAAAAAAUGUGCCAUUUUUGCUUUAACCAUUUUUUACUAUGUUCGACCCCAGUUCUUGAACCAUUUUUGUGUCUCUCUGAUUGGAUGCUUAAAGGAAGUUCAAAAUUAUGCUAAAUCAUCUUUCUUCACAGACUCCAUUUUAUUUUCACAUUGAAUUCAACAACAUGAAAUAUUUAAGGGAUUUGAAAUAGAUUGUAAAGUAAACCAGGAUAAAGUAAAAUAAUCCAUUUUCCAUGUGUUAUACAGAGCAAAGCUGAAGGAACUAUUUUUCGGGAACAAAGUGAUGAAUCAGAGGAGUGUCCUUUAUUACAGUCUAUUAUAGGCAUUUAUCUCGGCAAUCUAAUUCUAAGUGUUUCUAAUUUCUCCCCAGUUCAGUUAGGAAUGGGAUUUUUAAGCAAGGUAACAUUUAACCCUUCAGAGGGAAUGGUUUUCAGAUUGGUAUAUCACGGUUAGGUCCAACUGGCUUCCAUACCCCAUUUCUUCUCAGGGCUCUGAGGAUCACAGCAUGGCCAGAAUGUGUGGAAACACUUGAUGAAGAACUGUUUGUUGUGAAAAGUGUAAAAAACCUGGUAGAAAAGGUAGAAUGCUUUAAAGAAAACAAACUAUCACUUUGGUUUUAUAAUCUUUUUAAAGGAACCAGAAAGUUAAUCCAUGAUUUUAUCUAACUACUGCCUUUCUUCCUACUUGCAGUGGGCCAAAAAUUUCAAUAUAGAGAGGGAAUGGUGGAUAAGGAGUGAACCCUGUUUUAUCUUGCUUAGAAUUAGUGUGAUUCCUUUAGUUCCAAGCAAACAUGAAAAAUAGCAUGACUAUUCUGUGUUAUAAUGAAAGAGUGAAAAGAUUAGGGCAGGGAAGAAGUGAAUUGUGUGUGCCAUCAGUACCUUUGCACAAAAGAUUCCCCCACCCCAUGAUUGUGGAUGGCUGCAGUGUGCUGUUUACUUGAGGCCUGUCCACUCUGUUAAGGUAAGAGGUUAAUGCCUCAAAUAAUGACUCUGACUUCUUUCCUUACCACCUGUGGCCAGAAGCAGAAAAGGCAGAAUGAGAUAAUCUGCAUUUUCUUAACAGACGUUAUGUUGUCAGAGCAUCACAUUACCAGGUUUGAUGUUUGGAACCAGACUAGGCUGUUGAGGAAUGGCAGGAUAGACAUGGUUACCAUCCAAGCAAACUCUUCAAGACUCUGGGGGUAUGAAAUUACAGGCUUCCACUUCGACUUGGUGCACAAACAUGUGGUCAUAACACAGUCCUAGUUUAAUAGUUUCCUAUUAUCUAGUGUAAAUGCACCCCGCAAAGGGUUAUAAGCAUUUCUGCUUACUAGAUGUGUUACUUUUGUGAUUUAUCUUUUUUCUGAGCCCCAGUUUCCUCAUCAAGCAAAUAGUAAUGAUAAAUACCACAUACGUGGGAGUUAUGAACAUUAAAUGAGAUAAGAUAUGCAAAUCACUUAGCAUAGUACCUAGAUUAGAGGAAUCAUUCAAAAUAAUACCUGUGAUUAGAUUAUUCAUUGUUAUAGAAUAUCACUAGGGGCAUACAUUUGCAUAAAAUGCUUCCUUUAUACACAAUUCCUAUUCUAACUCCUUUAAACUCAGUUGGGGAAAUCCACACCACUGAGUUUUGGACUAUAACUUAAUGCUUUACAGAUAAUUCCUUUUGGAGUCAAGUCUCUUAGGGCAAAUGAAAAGACCAGAAAACAAAUAAUGGUGAGGGAGAAGGGAGAAUUCUGUGUUAGCAAUUUUUUCUUAUUUCUGUAGGGCUGAAAAGUAGUAUUGUUUGGAGGUCUAGAGUUUUUGAUAAAAUGGAAGCCUUAAAUUCUAUCUUUGGUAGAAUAACCAACUCAUCACUCCCUGCUCUCCAAAAUGUAUUAAAAAUCUUGGCCAUGCCAGGGUGAGCAAAUUUUACAAUCUA